AUGGCUUCACCGGCGGCGGCCUGCCCGGCGGCCUACUCAUGGGCGCCGCAGGACGGGGCACAACGCGGGCAGAAGGUGUUCAUGCAGGUCUGCGCGGGGUGCCACGUCAUGCUACCAUAUGCCGGCCUCCGGGCGGCGGCGCAGGGCGAGGUGGGAGCUCAGAUGGCCGAGAUCGUGGUCGAAGAGGAAGCUGUGAUCGCUGCGAGAUCCCCAUCCGGUGGCUCAUACACGCCGGACCUCACAGCCCUCACCACAAAAAUCCAUGAAGGGGCGGCUCUGUACACCACAGGGGGCAAGAUCGCGAUGACGAUGCCUAGGAUGCUCAUCGGCGGUGUCUCCAUGUGCCAAGAGUUGACGAAGAAGAUGGCGCCACCAAGGGCCUUGUGGCUGCAAUUUGCCCAGUCGUACAUUGGGACUAUCCAGAUGACUUGA